CCGCAAUCUUGACGUGUACGUGCAGGAGGCGGGGUCUGCCUGUGACAACAUCAGCGCUCAUUGGCUGAAAGUAUGCAUGUUCAUGACGCAACCUUCCAACACUGAGGAACUGGUCGCUCCGACAGGAAAACCAAAGAAAGAUGGCUACAAUCCGAAAGAAACUAGUGAUAGUUGGAGAUGGGGCAUGCGGCAAAACGUGCCUCCUCAUAGUGUUCAGCAAGGAUCAGUUCCCUGAGGUGUAUGUGCCAACAGUGUUUGAAAACUAUGUGGCUGACAUUGAAGUGGAUGGUAAACAGGUGGAGCUGGCUCUUUGGGACACAGCCGGCCAGGAAGACUAUGACCGCCUGCGACCUCUCUCUUAUCCAGAUACAGACGUCAUCCUCAUGUGCUUCUCCGUGGAUAAUCCUGAUAGUUUAGAAAACAUCCCUGAGAAGUGGACACCCGAGGUGAAACACUUUUGUCCCAAUGUGCCCAUUAUUCUGGUGGGAAACAAGAAGGACCUGCGUAAUGAUGAACUCACACGCCGAGAGCUGGCAAAGAUGAAACAGGAACCUGUAAAGUCAGAGGAAGGGAGGGAAAUGGCAAACCGCAUUUGUGCCUUUGGCUACCUGGAGUGCUCGGCGAAGACCAAGGACGGUGUGAGGGAGGUGUUUGAAAUGGCCACCAGGGCAGCACUGCAGGCCAAGAGACGGGGUAAAAGGGGCACAUGCCUUCUUCUAUAGAGUGUCAGAUCACACAGGGUGAAAAGUAGAAGGGCAACAAAACCAAGCCAAGCAAAUGCCAUCAUUUUGAUACUUUUUUUUUUUUAAACCACAAUGGGCCAAAUUAGUAUACUUGGUGGAACACAAACAUCAAACAGACCAAUAGAGACACACGGUCAACUGCCAUAAGAAAGGGGUAUAUACAUUCAUGUCUGAUAUUGUAAUCGGUAUAUUUUCAGUACAAGUAAACAGUUUUGUUCUACAAGAAUGUAUUAUUUGGCCAUUGGGUAUUAAAUUAUCCUUAGUGCAACAUUUUGUAUGAAUUUCAAUGUCAAAUAAUAGUUAAAUCCACGGAUAUGACAUUGGUUUGUAAUAAGGGGAAUAUUGUCUGUCAUUGCCAUGGUGACCGUUGAUAGCCUACUUUAGCAAUAUUAAUGGGCCAAUUGGGUGUGUUAAUGCUUGCGUCGACUUUUGCGUCACAAUUGAAGCACACCAUUUAGCUUUGACACUCAAGUGGGCAAGGCUGUUUUGCUUUUUAUUUUUAUUAUUUACCGCACAAAUUAAUUUGCCUUCUUGUUUAGCUUGGGACAAAGAUGACUAACAAAUGCACAGUUGAACUAUUUACUAUUAAGUGGCUUAAAGCUAAAUUGCUCGGGAAUAAAGACCCGUAUGUGCUGCUGCGCCAAAGUACUCUACAGAGCAGAAUGACUGUUACAGUGAGCUAUUGUGGACCUCCAAAUACACUUUACGUCAGUAAUGACUUGUGUCUGUUGUGCAAAAGGAAUUGCAGUACAAAAAAACACAAACAUUUGAAUCCUAAUUAUUCAGGUAGCUAUAAUGCGAGAGAAUCGUGUCGUUAGUUUUAGGUCCUACCUCUGCUUUGUGUGAUUUGGAGGCUAUCGUAUUUGUUCCACAUUGCCAGAAAAAGUGCAGUCAAGUGCCUUGAGACGUGUUUGGGGUGUCUUUAGUCAUCCACUGACUUGGGGCUCAUCUUUUUAAGAUCACACAUGGGGAUCUGUAGACAUUUUAUAUCCACUGUGGUGGCUAAAUAUGUAAAUGACUCAAUGAAAAGUAUUGAGAAUCAUGAGCAAUAAAAGAAUGACUUUUUAUGAAAUGUAUACAGGUGGUUCUCUGGUUACGAACGAGUUCCUUUCCUAGACUGUCAUGUUUUAGUGUAAGUCAGAAUUGAGAACUAAAUAAGUUACUCACGCUGUACACAGAAGACAUAAAGGAUGUAUAAAUACAGUGAUAAAAAUAUUAAAUACAGAAUUCAGUGAAACGUUGAUAAAUAAUAAUCUCUGUGGUUCUCCUAGGCUGAAAGGAUAACCUCAUCUCAUUUUUGAUAAUUUUCACUCCCAAGGUGAUAGCGUUCCUUUUCAUUGGUGCACCUGGGGAUAAAAUGAAGUGUAGAAAGUUGACUAAUAAUCAAUGAUAUUCCAUCUCAUGUUGUACACUGUAUUCUUCCGCUCAGCAUUCUUGUGCUGUGAAUUUAAUUCAUUUUUGGGAAUGUGUUGCUAACCCGGGAACGUCAGAAGCCGAGGACCACCUGUAUGCAGCCUCAACUAG